GGUUCUUUAUCAUUAAUUCAUGCUGGCCCACAUAGUGACAAGAACAUCAACUUAUAAGAAACUUCAAUAAAUAUGUUCGUACUUAAUCUGUUUUUGCUGGUACUAUUGUUUAUGGUGUUGUAUUAUGUGUUUUUGAUUGCGCGGAACUAUAGGGUUUUUAAGUUCUCAUUAACAGUUUAUGGCAAUAGACUACCGCUGCUGCCUUUUGCUGGAAAUACUUAUGUGGCCUUAUUCACCGGAAGGAAAGUUAACAUGCUGGCAACCCUCCUAUGGGCCGAAAAAUAUGUAGGAAUGCCAGUGAACUUCUGGUUCGGCCACAAGUAUCACUACAUGUGCGACAAUGCUGAAGAAGCGAGAAUUGUAUUAAAUCACCCGAAGUGUUAUAAUAAAGCGGAGCUUUACGGUGACGUACAGUACGUUUUUAGGAACUCUUUGUUGUUAGUAGAUGUUGAUAAAUGGAAACCAAGACGCAGAUAUCUACGAUCCGCCUUCAAAACCAACAUGCUGAACGGUUUCUGUCCCACUUUUUACCAUCAGAGUUGCGCCUUAUUAGAGAAGAUAAAAAACAUUCAACCCAAAGAGGAUCUAUUUAAGUUCUUCAAUAAGUAUGCCUUUAUGAAUUUCUUCUUAACUUCGGCAGGACUCGAUGGAGAUGACAUAAAUCCAGAAAUCGAACGGUUCGGGGAUUUAGUAGAUGUUGUACAAGACGAGUUUGUAAAACUGUUGGCAAACCCACUGAUCCCUGCCUUCAUUUGGAUGAGAAUACCCCCUGGUAAAAAGCUGCGGUACUGCAUGAGGGAAAUGAAACGUUCUCUUCGCCUAAUUUUGCUUGAUCUUAAGAAGGAACGAGCUCAAACUUCUCAUUAUAUUGAGAAUCCUAGUGAAAUGCCGCUCAUUGACCUACUCAUUAGCGACAACUACGAAAAAGAACGAGAGUCAGAUGUGUUUGAGGAAUUUACUCUAUUUUCUGGGGCUGCAACGGAUACCACCGGGCACACUCUCGCUUUUGUUUUUACCUUGCUAGGAAUGUUUCCUGAAAUCCAGCAAACCCUUUACGAGGAAAUCGUGUCAGUUGUGGGAGAUCGAACGAUCGAGUUAGCGAACAUGCAAUCCCUAAAAUAUACAGAAGCAGUGAUCUCUGAAACUUUAAGAGUACUUCCAACAGUUCCUUUAUUUGGUAGAUAUUGUUCUGAAGAUGUUGAUAUAGGGACAAAGGUGGUACCCAAGGGAGCAAACGUUUUCAUAAGCGCCUACCACAUCCAUAGAAACCCGAAAUACUGGAAAGAUCCCCUUCGGUUUGAUCCAACCCGGUUCUUACCAGAAAAUAUCGGGAAAAUUCCACCAGGGGCAUACGUGCCGUUUUCCGCUGGACCAAGGAACUGUAUUGGUCAACUUAUGGCAAUGUAUCUAAUAAAGAUAACAAUAGCGAAUGUCAUAAGGUACUACGAAAUUAAAUCCAACCAUAAGUCUAUCGAUGAAUUCGUGUUAGAAUCGUGUAUUUCAAUGAAAACUCAGCAUCCGUUGGACUGCAAGUUUGUACCUAGAGAUAAGAAUUUGUUGUAGUAUUUAUUGAAUAUAAAAUAAGCGUUUUUAUAUGUAAA